AACCAAUUAAACUACGAACGAGUAUUGUCCGUGUAAAUUAACAAUGCUGUAUUGCUGUACUAUUAAUCACAAUUAACAAUCGAUCGGCGAGUAUCGUUCUUGAUCUUGCUGGCGUGAAGAUGGAACGUUGAUGAUAUAAUUUAUUGAUCAUUGUUGAAUCAGUAUAACGCUCACGCCGCAUGCGAGGUCGGCCCGUAUGGCAUCCUGGGUCAUGCAAAUCUCCUGGCGCGACGACAGACGAGCGACGUCAGCUUUGUGAUCCACAAUAUGCCGAUGAUCGCGAGGAUGUGCGCGACCGCGAAGAUCACGGGGAACACGUUGCCGCUCCUGCAGGGUGAGGCGCCCGAGAUAUCGGGGGGAUUGCUGGUGGUGUUACCGCGAGAACAAGCGGUCGCCUAUUGCAAGGCCCUGAAGAUGAUCGAGCACAGACAGGCGUGGAUCGUCGGGAUCGUCGAGAACGGCGAUCGCACGGCGCGUCUGAUUGAGAAGCCGCGGGUGAUUGAGGUGCCCGCUAAGGAUAACGGUGUCUCCCUAUGCUGCAGGUAGUUAUGCAACCACGGGCCAAAGAAAAUCAAUAAUUACCUGCCAUCCUUCCCGCAAGGUGCUAUACAGGCAACGUACACAAGGUGCUAGUACAGCAACGAGUCAUCUUUAUAUAAAUCCUAUGCAAAAUAUUUUUUUCUUUUAGGAAAUUC